AUCUUAACGAAUUUUAUGCCAAGUUGUGUGAUAGUGCGGGAAUAGUUGAAUGGGAGGUGAGCGCGACUCGCGAGGUGAUAAUUGGGAUUUAAUUUGUUAGAAAAAAGUUUAAUUGAUAAAAUGUUGUUUUCAACUACUGUGAUAAUUUGCCUUGCAGCUCUUGUAAAAGGAAAUAUUAUCUACAGAGAAAAUCCAGCAAAUGAACUAGACAAAAACUCCACAGAAGAUGUCCACAUAGAGUAUGUUCUUCUGGACGGCAGCAAUCCUUGCAAAAGAAAUUGCAUAGCAGGAGCUCCACCCAUGCUCUGCAGAUUCCAUUGGGAGGUAGAACAUUACCAUACAUUAAGCAAGGCUUGUCAUAAUUGUCCAUACAACAUGACCGACUGUUAUAGAAAAGACUGCAUUCCUGGCGAUGGUACCAAAAGGGGGAUUGUAGCUGUCAAUAGGCAAAUACCGGGGCCAGCCAUAGAGGUUUGUCAGAAUGAUACUGUUGUAGUAGAUGUUACCAAUAAGAUGACCAGUGAGGCAACCACAAUCCACUGGCAUGGGCAACAUAUGCAAGCAACACCAUACAUGGACGGUGUUCCAUACGUAACACAAUGUCCCAUUUUGCCGCAGGACACUUUUAGAUAUACUUUCAAGGCAUCUCAAGCUGGAACGCAUUUCUGGCAUUCACAUAUAGGUAUGCAAAGAGCAGAUGGAUGCUAUGGUCCCUUGAUCGUGCAUGUUCCAGCAGAAGAAGAUCCACAUUCCAAUCUCUAUGAUUAUGACUUGUCAUCACAUACAAUGACCAUCAUCGAUUGGGUGACUCAGCUUGGUACUGAAGUAUUAUUAGCUCAUCUUCACAACGAUGGCGCCAAUAAACCACCUACCUUGUUGAUCAACGGACUUGGUAGAUACAAGAAGUUUGACAAUGAAAGCGAAGCUGGAGAACCAUUUUUUAUGGCAACUGCGCGGUUUAAUGUGGAACAGGGAUAUAGAUACAGAUUCCGAGUGAUAAAUGCAGGAUUCCUCAAUUGUCCGAUAGAAAUGACUGUGGAUAAUCACACAAUAACUGUUAUAAGCACAGACGGAGGAGAUAUAAAGCCAAUUGAAACAACCUCUCUUGUUACUUAUGCCGGUGAGAGGUUCGAUUUUAUCCUGAAAGCAGACCAGCCCAAAGAUGUGUACUGGAUUCGAUUCAAAGGACUAAUGGACUGUGAUGAAAGGUUCACUAAAGCCUUUCAAGUAGCUGUCUUGGAAUACGAGAAUAACGAUCUACCUCCUUACAGUUAUCCUCCACAGAAUGUUAGCUACGAUAACUCUCACAUUGAUGGACUGCAAAUAAAUCCACUCAACAUAGGUACAGAAGAGAAUAAUGACUCAUUUGUAGUAAUGCCUCAAAUGGAGUCCCUUAAGGGGUGGGAUGAGUCAUUAAAAGAAAAGCCUGACUUCCAGUACUAUAUAGCUUAUGACUUCUACAAAAUAAGUAACCAAGAGUUUCACAGACCCCCUCAUUAUGGAUUUUACGCCGUUAAUAACCCGAAGCAAAGAGUUUUAACCCCACAAUUAAAUCACAUUUCAAUGACCAUGCCCACGUUUCCACUAUUAUCCCAGAGGGACGAAAUUACAGACGACCUUUUCUGUAAUAAGGAAACUAUGAAGGAGCAGAAUUGCACAGAGACGCAUUGCCAGUGCCCCCAUGGAAUAAAGAUCCCAUUAGGUGCCGUGGCAGAAUUCAUAUUUAUUGACGAAGGUUUCGCUUAUGACGCUAAUCACCCAAUCCAUCUACACGGUUACGCUUUUAGAGUGGUUGCGAUGGAAAGGAUGGGUAAAAAUGUGACUGUUGAACAAGUACAGCAAAGAGAAGCUGAUGGAAUGAUUAAAAGGAAUUUAGUAGACGCUCCAUUGAAGGAUACAGUAACUGUCCCAGAUGGAGGAUAUACCAUCGUUAGGUUCAAGGCUGAUAAUCCAGGUUACUGGAUACUCCACUGCCACCUGGAAUUCCACUCCGAAAUCGGCAUGGCCAUGAUCGUCCAAGUGGGAGAAAAGGAGGAAAUGUUGCCGGUUCCAGAAAAUUUUCCCAAAUGCGGGAAUUAUCUACCAGAUCCUCUAGUCAGGGAUAUUACUUACAAAAGUGCAGGUGCGUUAACUACUUUAUUGCCUACUGGCUUAUUUUCGAAUGCGAUCAUCGGAUUCUUCUUUUCGGUGGUGGUACCUAGAGUACAGGCGAUGGUGAAUGGGUUUCCUAAUAUCUAUACCUCAUUUAGUGCAUUCAUGAACUAUUAGUAGGGUUACGAAAUGUAUUAAUUUAAGUUCUUUAACAAGGCAUCUUUUAUUCAAAACUUACUUAGUUUGGUUUAUUAAAGGAGUAUUUCAAGGCUAAUAAAACAUGAAUCAAUAAAAUGAAAAACCUUUCAAACCUUAACAUUUUUGAAGCCAAGCUUCUUUAGUGGCAUUGAAUUAACUUGUCUCUAUAAUAAAAUGCUGAGGAUAUCGUCACGAAAGUAGCGUCACGAAAUAGUUGGAAGGGUUCAUUUACGCGACAAGGGAGUCCGCUAUAUAACAUGUAAACACUUUGUAUUUUAUUAAAAUCUAUAAUAAGAAUAUAGGAAAACAAUUCUCAAACUUUUUAAAAUCUUUGAAUUGUUGAAUGACUUGGAAUUGGUCUACUGUGGAGUACAUUUACCAACUUUAUUGUUUUUUAAUUAAUAAAUCAUAUAAUAAAAAAUAUCUAACUUCCUUCAAACGCAACCCGUUAUACACAUUAUGUAUUAUGGGUAUCCUAACUUUUGCAUUAAUACUCUGGAAAAAUUAAUAUAUUUAUGCAAAAUUUGGAAUGUAUUUAAUUCGUACUGUUCUUGGUGGCAUCUUAACGCAAUUUACUAUUUUUUUUGAUAAUAAGCCACAAUUUUAGUUUAAAAUAAGCUUAGAUACUUGACCUUUCAAUUUAUAAUUUGGAAAUCGUUCUCAAAAUGUAAAACAUUAAUGAUUUGAAUUUUGUAUUCACAUAAAUGAUGGGCAGUUGUAUUUCAUGGUAGAUUUGGGACCUUGUUUCAAGGUUAUUGUUAUGGCCAAAAUGGCAAGUAUGGCAUGGCAAAGAAAAAUGCUUACGAUAUUGAGGUUCAAAUAAGAUUUCACCUUAUUAUUUAAAUUUGAAGUAUUUUAUAGACUUGUCUUUCAGAAAACAGCUGGCUUUGAUUCUCAGUUAAAAAACCAAACUAAUAUGAGUUUGCAGAAGGUUGCAUGUGCAAAUUUUGAUACAAAAAUAAAAAAAAAUUGUAACAAUAUCAUAAAUAAAAAUGUUGAAAAAUAAGAAAAAAUAUCCAUAUAAAAUGUAAAAUGUUUUAAAAUGUCUUAAUAAAAGUUUGACAUACUCUGUAUCAUUGACUGUAAAAAUUUUUGUAUCAAAAUUUGCUAUAUUCUUUAUUUUCUUUAUCAAAGACUUUGCUCAUAAAAUGUAUUUUAAACUUAGUACAAAAUUAGGAGUGAUCUUCUAUGUUCCUAGAAAAUACUUUUGAUUUAGGUGACGUAUUCUUAGUAAUGACCAAGUGAUAUUAUAAGUGUGAUAAUUAUAGGUUUAUAAGUGUUGAUACGAUAAUGUUAAAAAUAAACUGUUUUGUUAAGA